AUGGAACCGGUCUUUUCAACUGCCGCUGGUGUCCGAAUCGACGUGAAACAGGAAUCGAUCGACAAGUCAAAAAAAAUGUUAAAUAAUGACAUCAAAUCAUUGUCCACCAAAAAUGCAUUUUCUUCACCACUGAUUCGUCCGAAAACUAAUGGAACCAAUGCGUUUGUCUCGCCAUUCCGGAGGGAUCAAACGAGCACUACUUCUGAUGUCAGGAAGCGUCCGCCGAGCAACUCAACUGAAGGUUUCGAUGCUCCUCCUCCGAAAAAGUCAAUGGCUACAAGCGUUGAUCCGACGGCAUCUUCAAAAACGAAAAAGAGCAAGAAGCACAAAAAGGACAAAAAACAUAAAAAGGACAGAAAAAACAGAAAGGAGAGAAUAGAAAUUCACGCCGACGUUAUGCGAGUCUCACGAGAAUAUGAGCGCGAUCAGAUGCGAUUGAUACUUCAAGAGACCGAUUCUUCACCAAAGAUCCUCGCUGUGUGCCCUUACCAAUGCGGAAAAGAUAUUAAAUUUGGUGACAAAAUUCUUAUCGAUGCAAAAAUUAAGAAAAAAGUCAUUUAUGAGCUGUCAGAUGAACAAAUCAAAAAAGCAACUGUCCGGGUCAAUAUUCUCGAUUUGAACUUGGAAAUCUAUGACAAAUGCACUGCUUGCGACAACCUCAUUUCUACAUUGACGAGCUCGAGCUCGAAACGUAAAGACUGCAAGAACUGUAAAGACGACAGAGCGAAAACUAAAACUUCUAUAUAUUCGAGGAUGCGAGUAAUGGACCCGACUGGUCAACUUUUUGUUAAUAUUGAAACAAAAGCUAUGGAGAAAGUCUUAGAACAUUUCGGUUAUGAAGGUCUCGAUGAAUGGAUUGCAUUCAAAGAUCCACAAGAACGUAAAAACUACGUCUUCCGGCCAUUAAUGAUUGAAGUCGAAAGGAAGGGCGACGAUUGGGAAUGUACCGACGUGGCUGAAGUCGAUUGGAAACAAUAUAGAGAUUACUUGGUGGAAAAGAAGGACAAGAUCAUUCGAAAAAUCGAGAAGAGUCACAAAUAA